CGUUCUCGUCUGCUGGAACGCGCGUCACUACCCGCGGAUGGCUUGUUGAAGGAAACCGGUGUUGUUGACACUUCUACACUGAUUCAAUGGCGGUCGAAGUGAGACAGGAGCUUGCACAGCUGAUGAAUUCAAGCGGAUCUCACAAAGAUCUCGCUGCUAAAUACAGGCAGAUUUUGGAGAAGGCCAUUCAUUUCACAGACUCAGACCAGCUGGAGUCCUUGAAGGCCUUUGUUGAAGCAAUGGUCAAUGAAAAUGUUAGUCUCGUCAUCUCAAGACAACUUCUAACUGAUUUCUGCACACAUCUGCCCAACCUGCCCGACGCUACAGCCAAAGCAGUUUAUCACUUCACCUUAGAAAAGAUUCAGCCAAGGGUUAUCUCCUUUGAGGAACAGGUAGCCUCAAUCAGGCAGCAUUUAGCAACCAUUUAUGAAAAGGAGGGAGACUGGAGAAACGCUGCCCAAGUUUUAGUUGGCAUUCCCCUGGAAACAGGACAGAAGCAGUACAAUGUUGACUAUAAGUUGGAUACGUACCUGAAAAUUGCCAGACUGUACUUGGAGGACGAUGACCCGGUUCAGGCAGAGGCUUACAUCAACAGAGCCUCGCUGCUUCAGAACGAGUCCUCGAACGAACAGCUGCAGAUACACUAUAAGGUAUGUUAUGCCAGAGUUUUAGAUUUUCGGAGAAAGUUCAUUGAAGCUGCACAAAGAUACAACGAGCUGUCGUAUAAGUCUAUCGUUCAUGAAAGUGAGCGUCUGGAGGCACUGAAACAUGCGCUGAACUGCACCAUACUGGCCUCUGCAGGACAACAGCGCUCCCGUAUGUUGGCCACUCUGUUCAAAGACGAGCGCUGCCAGCAGCUCGCUGCUUAUGGUAUUCUGGAGAAGAUGUACCUGGGCCGAAUCAUCAGAGGAAACCAGCUACAGGAGUUUGCUGCCAUGCUGAUGCCUCACCAGAAAGCCACCACAGCAGAUGGCUCGAGCAUCCUCGACAGAGCUGUGAUUGAACACAACCUCCUGUCUGCCAGUAAACUGUACAACAACAUCACGUUUGAAGAACUUGGAGCAUUGUUGGAAAUUCCUCCAGCAAAGGCUGAGAAGAUUGCCUCUCAGAUGAUCACAGAAGGUCGAAUGAAUGGCUUCAUUGACCAAAUAGAUGGUAUCGUUCACUUUGAAACUCGUGAACCACUUCCUACCUGGGACAAACAGAUCCAGUCUUUAUGUUUUCAAGUCAACAACCUCCUAGAAAAGAUCCGUCAGGCAGCACCGGAGUGGGCCGCACAGGCUAUGGAAGCCCAAAUGACCCAGUAAAAACAUCUGCACCUCCUGUUCCCUCAAACUUGAAGUUAUACCUUCCUGCUCAGAAUUGUCACCAUUUGAUAUCAGUUUUAUCAGACAUUAUAAUUAUAGUCACCCCAGAAGUAGUUGUUUUGUUUUACUGUCAUUCAGUGUGUAUAUGUGUGUCUAUGUCUGGGACAGAUAAAAUGUAUGGGUGUAACUUUAAAUGUAACCAAUUUCCAAAUUAAACUUUGAGACGUGAUCACUCGUAGCUGACAUUAAACAAGGUCAAAAAAGGUGCACACAUGUCUAAUUUAAGCUUUUGUAUUUCAAGCCAUUUUUGAGUUUUCAGUUUCAAGCCAACAAUAUUUGUGAAAUGGUUUUAAGUACUUGAUGUAAACCUCUUGGUGCACACCUACCUGCAUUUUCACUGAAAAGAAAUAAAGUCUGAGUUGAGA